AUUUAACACGGUCGCUCGAGCCAGCAGUAUCACCAGUCUACCACCAUCGUAACAGAAAUACUCGCAUUACACCUUACUUGAUUCCUUGACAAAUCGACGAGUCGCUGCCGCAAGAUUCCAUUGUGUACGGCUAACGGAGGUGACAAUGAUGAUAUUUUCGGUCGUUUAUCUUGGCAUCCUUCUCUUACCGGAGAUUCUUUCCGAGGAACAUUGGGGUUACGAAAAAGAAAAUGGCCCGAAGCAUUGGGGCAAGAAUUUUCCUACGUGUCUGAUGGGAAAACACCAGUCACCCAUUAACAUAAAAGAGCGCAAUGCCAAGAACGUCAGGCUACCGCGACUGAGAUUGAGCGGCACUGACAUUCCGUACCAGGCAUACGUGACAAACAACGGUCACUCAGUUAUGCUAAAAACCAACGAUUCCAAUGCGGUCAUGUUAUCCGGAGGACCCUUGAGAAACAGUGUCUACGAAUUAGAACAGUUCCAUUUUCAUUGGGGUAAGAAGAUUAAGAAAGAUUACGGUGGAUCCGAACAUUUAAUCAACAACCACAGGUUUUCGAUGGAAAUGCAUGCCGUCUUUCGCAAGAAAGAUUACAAGUCGAUGGAGAAAGCUCUUAAUCAUAGUGACGGUCUGGCUGUUUUAGCAUGUGUUUUCAAGGUAUGUCAACCGAAUCCGACGUAUCAACCUAUUGUAGAAGUAUUACCUGGCAUAAAAUUGGUGGGGACGGAGCAAGCAUUGCAAGAACCUUUAUUAUUGAGAGAUUUAAUUCCUAAUGAUAUCCAGAACUUCUUUACUUAUUUGGGUUCGUUAACCACUCCAGGUUGUGCCGAGGCGGUUAGGUUUAUUAUCUUUGCUGAACCUAUACCAAUAGGAGUAGUGCAGGUUUCUCAAUAUAAUUUGCAAAUACUAAUUUCUCUCUAAUGUUGUAAUAGGUUAUUUAUAAAUUGAUAAUUUUUUGGCACAGAUUUUUAUUUACUUAAGAUUUAAGAUUUAAUCUGUACCAGAA